AUGGUUAGAUUCGUCACAUGCUCGUCUUCAAAACUAUACGAUUGGGGAAAAACGGAUGACGAACUAAAAUUUGAAGCUUAUGAACAAUUGGAUAGCCAUGAUAAUGAUGAAGAAGUAUCAUCUGCUUUUAAUUAUAACAGUUACGUUAAACAAACACAAAAACCGAUACAAAAUUCCAAUUUUUAUUUGAUAACUGAUAUUGGCUCUGAACAUGGUUAA